AGCCGUCAGAACCUGUGGCCCUGAAACCAAAGGCGGUUCUUUUUAAGAAGAACAACAUGAACUCAGUUCUGGCCGUCAGACUUAACAGCUGGAUGGUUUUCUUCAUUGGAACAACAGAUGGACAGCUCAUCAAGCUUGCUGUAGACAAGAACUAUCAGUCCAGCUGUCCAAAGAUCCUCUACAGAACCAGUGGUGACAACAGAGUGUUUCCUAAAAUCCAUCUGGAUCCAGUGGAUAAGAAGCACGUGUAUGUGCCAUUUAAAAACCAGGUGAAGAGUGUUCCGGUGUCAAACUGCAGCGCUCACCAAAAUGUGAAGGAUUGUCUUUCUGCACAGGACCCAUUCUGUGUCUGGUGUUUUAGUAAAAAAAGAUGCACAUUUGAAGGCGACUGCAAAGAUGGAAAGUGGUUUUCCAUUCCUGCUGAAUCAAAGCAGAAGAUAGUUUCUCAGAUGGUUAUGCAGGACUCCACGGGAGAGAUCAAACUAAUCAUUAAUACACAUCUGACUAUGGAGCAGCCAUUUAAGUCUAAUUUUAGCUGUCAGUUCUCUACAUCCUCCACCCAAAUUUGUCAAGAAACUGGACCACAACCACAGUACCCAAAAUGCACCUGCAUUCUGAAGAACUCCCUUCCUACUGAUGAUCUUGAUGUCAAUCUAAAGAUCACACUUGGAGAAACAACGCUGGAAGACCAAAUAAAGGUGUCCAACUGUUCAAAUAUCAAUGGAGAUGCAAGUCUUCACCUGUGUCAGCGGUGUAUCAGAGCCGGAUGUGGAUGGGAACAGAACAGUUGUUCCUGGGCCACUGAUCCAGGCCAGAAGGAAAGCACUUGUGAAAAUAUGGAGUUUGGGAUGAAUUUUUUAAAACCAGAGAUCUCCUCCAUUUCUCCCAGUGUUGUGUCUUUCUAUGGCAGAAAUAAUGCUGUGCUGUCAGGUUAUAACCUCACACAUGUGACCAAAGUCAGGAUUCUGGAAGACACGGACUGUGACCCAAAGGAAUCUCCUGUAAGGAAUAACAACGGGACCAGUCUGACGUUCCACAUUCCCAGUACAGAAACUAAAGGCAUUGUCAAAGUCUGUGUCCUCCUUCCAGAUGGAAGCUGCCAUGGCAACAGUGAAAUUAGAUAUCAGUCAUCUCCAAUCUGCACAGAUGUUAAACCACCCAGCAGCUGGAGAAGUGGGAAGAGGAAGAUCACUCUUUUUGGGACUAACUUAGACCUGGUGGAGGGGAUCACACAUGCAGACACCAAGGAUGAAGUCAUACCUUUAAUGAACAGAAGCUUUCAGAAACUCACCUAUGAAACACCUGAAGAAACAAACCCUGCAGUGUCCAGUAGCACCGUGUUUCUGAAAGUAGCCAAUAAGACACUGAAUUGCAGGAAAGAAAUUGUUUACUAUCCUGACCCAGAGUUCACCAGCUUCACAGCCUUUAAGGAGGGCGAAUAUAUCCGCAUCCGUAUCGAAAAAAAGGCAGAUAAGCUGGAGAUGGAACAGGAAGAGUUGAAGAUUUGGGGGAUUCAAGGUGAAAAUAAGUAUCCAUGCAUCAAAAAAAAAAGGGAAAACAAGACAGAAGCUUUCAUCUGUGAGAUCGAAGGACUGCAAAAUUCUGACAUUGAACAGAUAGAGAUAAAAUAUGGAGAAAAGCUUGUAACCCUGAACAAGCCAUCUCAAGUUCUCCUCUUAUUAACUUGUCUUAUGAUUCUACUGAUACCCAUCGUCAUUGUUGUGGCCUUUGUCAUCUAUAAAAGACAGCAGAAGCAGCUCACUGUUAGGAUGAACAGGUUCAUGGAGGACCUGGAGCUCGAUAUAAGGAACGACAUCAGACAAGGUUUUAUAGACUUGCAGACAGAGAAAGCUGAUCUGAUGGAAAACGUUGGAACGAUUCCUUUCCUGGAUUACAAGCACUUUGCUUCCAGAAUCCUCUUUCCAGAGAAUGAUACAUUGAUCACAAUGUGCAUCACAGACAUCGGUCAGGAUGUGGUGAAGGUUGAGCUUGAUGAGGGCUGCCAGACUUUCUCCAAGCUGAUCCAGGACCAGCUUUUUCUCACCACUAUGGUGCACGCUUUAGAGGAGCAGAAAAGCUUCACUAUCAAAGACAAGUGCACACUUGCAUCUCUGCUCACUGUGGCACUUCACAGCAACCUGUCGUACCUGACGGAGGUGAUGGAGGUUCUGCUGAGGGAUCUGAUGCAGCAGAACAGCAACGCUCAACCCAAACUGUUGCUGAGGCGCACAGAGUCUACGGUGGAGAAGCUGCUGACCAAUUGGGUGUCAGUCUGCCUCUACGGCUUCCUGAGGGAAAGUGUCGGCCAGCAUCUGUUCCUGCUGGUGAGCGCGCUAACGCAGCAGAUCUCCAAGGGCCCCGUGGACUGUGUGACGGGGAAAGCUCUCUAUACGCUCAGUGAGGACUGGCUGCUUUGGCAGGCUCAGGACUUCACCCCACUGAAGCUGAAGGUGCUGUUUGCAGUGGGCAGUGAUGGAGAAGUAAGCGAGCCUCUGGAGGUGGACGCUCUCAGCUGUGACACCGUGGAGCAGCUCAAGGAGAAAAUCCUCAACACCUUCAAAUCCAAGUUCGGCUUCCCCUACAACACGCCUGUCAGAGACGUUUGCAUCGAACUGGAGAAAGGUGGAUCGUUUUUUCCUCUGCAGGAGGUGGAUGCAGGCUCCGAGGUGAUCGGGGAGGUGACUAAGCUCAACACACUCAGACACUAUAAGAUUGAUGAUGGGGCAACAAUUAAAGUGCUAUCAACUAAAACUCAUCCUCCGCUAAGCCCACAGGGGAGUGUGCAAGAUGAUGAAAACUUCUGUGGAAAGUACUUCCAUUUGAUUGAUCCUGAUGUGGUGGAGGAGCAAGGGAGGAACCCAGAGAGGAAGAAGCUCAAACUGAAAGAGGUGUACCUGACCAAGCUGCUCUCCACCAAGGUGGCCGUUCAUUCAUAUGUGGAGAACCUCUUCAGGUCCAUCUGGGGGAUGUCCCAGAGCAGAGCCCCACUCGCCAUCAAAUACUUCUUUGACUUCCUGGAUGCUCAGGCAGAGAACAUGAAGAUCACAGAUCCAGACGUGCGACACAUCUGGAAGACCAACAGCCUGCCACUGCGCUUCUGGAUCAACAUCCUGAAGAACCCGCAGUUUGUGUUCGACAUGGAGAAGACCCCCCAUGUGGAUGGCUGCCUGUCCGUCAUCGCUCAGGCCUUCAUGGACUCCUUCUCCCUGAGUGAGACCCAGCUGGGGAAGCACGCACCGACCAACAAGCUUCUCUACGCCAAAGAUAUCCCUAAGUUCAAGCAGGAGGUGAAGGCUUACUACAAACAGAUCCGAGAGCAGCCAGAAGUUAGCGACGCUGAGUUCAGAGACUUCCUGCAGGGAGAGUCCAAGAAACAUGAAGGGGAGUUCAACGAAGCCGCAGCCCUCAAAAAGCUCUAUGAAUUUGUACAGCGAUACUUCGAGCAGAUCAACGAGAAGCUGCUCAGCAACGGCGCCCCCACUGAGCUGCUGGAGCAACUGCAGCAUGUAAAAGACUUAUUUGACAGCCUGAAGAGCUGCUCAUGGAACUGAGCUCAUCCGUAAGCUGAACUUGAAUGAACUCGACAGGAAGGGAGGGGAGCUCUUCCACGUCUGUGACGAGGCAGUCAUCACCUUCAGUAAACAUGGAGCUGAAAACGUUUCAGAGAUCAGAGCGAAGGAACCCCGCUGAGGAUUACUUUUAUGAAGUAAGCUGGAGAUAAAA